UUCAGGCCACGAGAGCCAUGGAGGAUUGCUCAAUGUGCAGGAUGAAAAAGAUGCCAAGUUCCUGUGCUCCUUCCUUCCGGCACAGCAAGGAGGGGGAGAGGAGCUGCCCAUGGGCAGAGCCGGCGUCGCUCCUCUCCAGGCUCCUCUCCCUUCCCUUCUCAGCCCCAUGGAGAAGCUCCUGCACCUCACCUUGGUCUUCCUGUCAGCAUCCUGCGCCGCGGAGAACGUCACCGUGGUGGCCGCCAUGGAGGGGGACACCAUUUCCGUCAACUGCUCCUACGACCCCCGGCAGUGGUGGCUGGAGAAGACGUGGUGCAGGCAGCUGGGGCAGGGCCGCUGCCAGCACGUGGUGAGCGCCCCGCCGGCGUGGCUGCCCUUCCCCAGGGGCACCAGAGGCGCCACCUCCAUCAGGGACAACACCCGCGCCGGGCUGGUGACCGUCACCCUGCGCCACCUCCGCAGGGAGGACGCGGGGCUGUACCAGUGCAGGACGGCUUUCCUGGGAGAGACAAAGAGCCUCAGGAGGGUGCGGGUGGAAGUGCUGGCAGCAGCUGACCUGGUGACCCCUGUGCCAGAGGAGCCCAGAGCUGUGCAGAGCAUCUCCAGGUCCCCUCCUGACGUGGAUUUCACUGUUUUCUACAUCCUGGCUGGAUUCCUGGUGGCCAAGUUCCUGGUGGCUGUGGUGGUGUGUGUUGUUGCCCACAGCAGGAAGAACAGAGGGCAGAACCCAGGCCUGGGUGAGCAGCAGGGGCUCCCGUUCCCUGCUGACCUUGGACGAGGUGGAAUCGGCCUCUCCCGGGAGAGCUCUGCGUGAGCCAAGCCAAAGGGAAUCCAUGGAAAAGGAAAAUCAGGAGUUUGCCUUAAGAAAAGGAUCUGCUAAACACAGGUCUGGAAGAACCUGUCACUCUGGAGAGGGAAUGUCCCUGUCUUCAUCACCUCUUCCUCCUGGCACCUCAUCUCCAGGCAGAUAUUCCAGACAUCAUUCCCUGGACCAUUCCAUCACAGCCUGAACUGACACCCAUCACCUUCCUGUCACCUCAGGGCACAGCCAGGUGACAAAUUCUGUCUUUCCAAGGUGACAAAAAGCAGCUCCCACAAGCUGCUUCGGACAGUGGGGCUGCUUGGAGAAAACCCCUGUGGAAAGGUGUAAGGAACUGCAGGAUGUACCAGGAAAGGGAUGUGGUCUCCCCACAGCUCUGAGCCGGCUUCCUCCUCUCUGAAGGCGCUUUGUGAACACAGGAACUCCUCUCUGUUGUUCUCCCUGUGUUUUCUCUGCCAUGGUGGUGGUUGUUCAUCCCUCCCCACAGCGAGGCUGCGCUCAGCUCUCCCAGGCUCCAAACCCAUGGGCACUCACAUCUCUUUUUCCUUGCUAAACUAAAUAAAAUCCAGCUGAUUCUCUG